GUUCCCGCCCUGGGACGGGAGGCUCCGUCCGCUCCCGGGGCAGCCGGGGCUGUCCCUCCGUCUCCCUCCCGCGCUCUUCUCCCCUCGCGUUUGCAGAGAGGUGCUCUCCUCGGCCGGCGGGGAAGGCGGGCUGGACUGCCACUCCUCCUGCUAUGAUGCCUGGGCAGAUCCCGGACCCUUCUGUGACUGCAGGCUCUCUGCCAGGGCUCGGCCCCCUGACUGGACUCCCCAGCUCGGCCCUGACUGCAGAGGAGCUGAAAUACGCCGACAUCCGCAAUAUUGGGGCCAUGAUCGCCCCCUUGCACUUCCUGGAGGUGAAACUGGGCAAGAGGCCUCAACCGGUGAAAAGUGAGCUAGAUGAGGAAGAGGAGCGGAGGAAAAGGCGCCGGGAAAAGAACAAGGUGGCGGCAGCCCGAUGCCGCAACAAGAAGAAGGAGCGCACGGAGUUCCUGCAGCGGGAAUCUGAGCGGCUGGAACUCAUGAACGCGGAGCUGAAAACCCAGAUCGAGGAGCUGAAGCAGGAGCGGCAGCAGCUCAUCCUGAUGCUGAACCGACAUCGCCCCACCUGCAUCGUCCGGACGGACAGCGUCAAGACCCCCGACUCAGAAGGCAACCCGCUGCUGGAGCAGCUGGAGAAGAAGUGACCAUGGGCUGGGAGGAAGAGGAGGAGGAGAUGGGAAGAGGGAGGAGGAGGGUCCCAAAGGGCUCUUCCUUGCUGCGUGAAAAACUCUUCAAUGAGGCUCAGCACAGCCAGCAUUGGCCGGGCUUUUUUGUGAAACUCAGAUCAGCCACACCAGGGGAAGAACAGGCUGAUGAAACCCAGGACCAAGUGCUGAGACCAAAGUAGCCCCGAGGGUGGGGCUGUCCUGCCCGGGGCCAGGCUUGAAGGAGGCAGGACAGAGGCUCUGGGCCGGAGAGACGCCCAACCAGGCAGCUGUGGGCACUUCUCUGGCCUCUCUUCCAGGGCACCCACCCAAAGGACCUCCGAGCAGCCAGGAAAAGCCAUGAGUUGCAACCAAAAUUCGGCUGAGAAUGGAACUCUGAGUGAAACUGCAAUCUGCCUGCCCCCAGCCCUCACCCUGACCCUCACCCUGACCCCAACCCCAAUGCAAGGCUGGAGAGGGGCACAAUGCCAGGCCCUGCUGUACCUGCCCACCGCGGUCCAGCGCGGCCCUGCCCGGGAGCGGCAGCCGGGGCGCACCCUCGCCAGCCCUGCUGGAGUUGCUGUGGGCAUGAGGCGCGGGCGCCCUUCCAAAGCACAUACUCACUGAAUGUUUACAGACUGGCUGUCCUGGCAGGGCUUUCAA